GUGAUCCGCCCACUGAAACUCAGUCUCGUCGUCCACUCCGCGCGGUCCGCCUGUUUCCCGCCAAAUAACUUUUUUUUAUUUAUCUAUUUAUUUAUUACCUUUAGUUUACGCGUGUGAUUUGUUUACGAACCGCCAUAUUUAUUUACGGGAAAAGGCAAAACGCGUUCGACGUUUUGAAUUCGAUAUUCAAAUUGUACGUUUUGGAUGCUUUGGUGAAUUUGUGUUACUAUUUAGAGGAUUUAUCGAGGAUUCUUUUUUGAAAGAAUCCGUUUCACGAUUAAAACGAAGCAGUGUCAAACGAUAACGCGAGCCGUGACUGGGCGAGACCGCGGACGAUCGAGACAUCCCGAACUAUACGAGCCGGUGACGUCAUUAUGGCGUCUACCGACACUUCGACCUCCAGCCAAAUAUCUGCCGCAGCCAUGGAAGAACACAAGCGCACGGUCGAUGAAGCUUUCCUUAAUAAAUUGAAAGGCCUCGUCGAGCGAUUGAGGCUUGAAAAUGCAACCUUGAAGAAGUCGCUCGACAUCGAGCGGAGCGAAGUUAGAGCACUUAAAGCCCGACAUGAGAGCACGAUUAGAAAUAUUAAAACUGAUUACAAAAAGAAGGAAGAUCUCCUUGAAAAACAAUUACGUUCAAUAACGAAACCAGAAAAAGAUGAAGAUCCACCAGCUAAUUAUAAAGUGGUGGAAUUGAAAAGGCUUUCAACAGAGAUUCAGUUUCUAAAAGCUGCAAAUAAGGGUCUUCAAGAAAAACUCAAGGUUGCGCAGGCGGCGGAGUGCGCCCGCGCGGCUGAGUUGCGCGCUCAGGUUGCGAAGCACAAUGCACUCGAACAAGCCGCACGGAGAGAUACGCGUGCGCAAUGUCAUAAAUUGCUGGAGGAAAUUAAAUCGAAAGAGCGAGUGAUUAUACAGCUGAAGAGGGAGGCGGCGCGGGCGGCGUCGAAUGAACAGGCACAAAGGAUGGAGUGCGGAACCACAGAGUUCGGCAGAAAGCGUGGUGACCAAGCAAAAGAAAAGAGCAACCGAGAAGGUUUGAAAACAGAUAUACAACAUCGAAAAGAAAGUUUUUAUCGGGAGGCCCCGUCGGACGAAGAUUCCGCGGUGUCUUCCGCGCCCGCCUCUCUUUCUCCUCAACCGCUCAACGAAAUGUGGUCAUGCGGGCAGUGCCGGAGCGCGGCGGAGCGGGCGGCGGCGGCGGCGCGCGAGUGCACGCGGCUCGCGGACGCGCUGCGCGACGCUCGCGACCAACUCGAGCUCAUGGAGUUCAGGCUACUCGAGCUAGAAGACGCCAGCCCUGAUAAGGGUGCUAGGGACAACCUAACAGACUCAGAUUCGGGCUGCGUGUCCCCCGGCUCCCGGAUAAAGGACUCCGCGUCCCCAGAGCUCAAACGAAUGGACUCCGGCUACAAGUCCCCCCACACGCCCAGCAGUCCCUGCAAUCCAAGAAGACAUCUCACAACAUCGCACGAUGACUUCAAGGAUGACUUCGCCAAAGCUCAAGUACUAGCUGACAGCUUAGAUAGAAAUUCUGAAACCAGUGACUCGUUGAAAAGUAACCCCGUCAAAGAUCACCUGGAACAGAUGAUCUUGAACGCGGUGUCGGCGGAGGACAGGAGCUGCUUGGAGCAGGUUUUGAUGAUGCUCUAUAAUUUUCAAGCGCUGAGCAGUUCUGUUAGUGAAGAUGAAUGCUAUCAGACAAAACCGAGAAGAAUAUGUGAUCUGAGAUUAAAAUCCGAAAUCGACACUCCAUCACACAGAACCCACAAGGCGAUAGCCACUGUCACACCGUACCAGCAAAAGGGCUACAAAUCUGAAUCCCUAGAAAGUCUAUGCGAGGAACGAAAACCAAGCAAUAUCUUACAGGAAAGUGGUAUUUUCGAGGGCGUGGAAACCGAAUCAAUCGGCACUCAGACGGAAAUAAAUGACAGUUUUGAAUGUAGCGGCGAAUUGAACACUGAAAUACAACGACUGAAUAGUAUAAGGGAAAAAUUAGAGAAGCAAGGUGUUAGGAAUAGGACGCUUAAUACUAAAGAGGAUGGAGAUAGUCUAGAAUGCAAAUGUGUUAAAUUGGGGAAGAAACACAAACAGUAUUACGAGAGGAGGCUUAAGUUUUUGGAGGGGAAAAUAUCAAUAUACGAAGCGGCACAGGAUGUUAAGCAAUCCAAGCUAGCGCAGAGGUUACAGAAGGAAUUUAUACUGGAGAAUCGAAUACAAGAACUUGAAUCGCAGCUAGCAGACCUUCAAGAUAAAUAUGAGAGGCUAGAGGAGGACUGCUGUGAAUUGGAGGAGAUUGAAAACGAUACACGCUUACAUUGGCAACAGCUUGAAAUGGACUACGAGCUCUGUUCAGCGCAGUUAAGAGAUAUGACGGAACAAAGAGAAUGUUCUAGGGCACAAGCCGAAAGGUUGAUGGGAGAACUCGCUAAGAGGGAGUGUACUUUGAAGGCGAGAGAGAAUGAACUGCUAACGAGGUUAAAUGGCUUAGAGAGGGCAGUUCCAGCCCUUAUCGCCUGGAAUGUCUUACAAGUUGUUGGAGCGAACAUUUCAAAGGGAAACCAGAAAGCUCUAAUGAACCGAAUGGGUAAUUUGGGCAAUGAGACAAGAUUAGGUUUAACAGGAAAGGAACAUACGGAUGGUAAUGAAUCGAAUUGCGGAGCUAUCGUCGUCUGGAAUGAGAUAAAUACAGAUAAUUCAACAAACGUGAAGAUUUUGAAGCAGCAGAUCUCUAAAUUAAUAUAUGAAAAGAAGGAUAUAGAGAAACAAACAUCACAAAUAAAGAAGAUUCUAGAAACGAGAAUACAAGAACUUGAAGAAGAAUUGGAAACAACCAGGCGACAAGUAUCAACGGCUGUAUGGGGAGCUGAAAUCCAGAAAGACAAAAUAGAAGCAAAGAUAGAUGAAUUGGAAGACAAAAUUAAGAGGGAGAAAGAAGAAGAACAGCUCCCGAUAGAUUCACUAACGAGUACUAAAAUCCGAGCCCUACUCACCACUGAACAGGAACUAAAGAACAGAAUAGCAGAAUUGGAGAGAAGAGAAACGGCGUAUCUGGAAAUGCUGACUCAAGCUGAUGACAUGUGGGCAGAGAUGGAAGGAGGAUAUAAGAAGAAGAUAGAAGAAGCGCAAGCCACAGAGACGCAAUUAAAUGGAAAGGUCAAAAAACUGGAAAUAGAAAGAGACCAAUGGAAGAAUUGCUUUGAACCGUUAAAGAAGAAGCUGCGAGAAGUCGAAGAAUCAGAAUCUGGUAUGAGAAUAGCCUUAGAGAAGGCAGAAAGAGAUGCAAAAAAUCUUAAAGUGCAGAAUACCAACUUAACUGCGAUGUUUGCGAAGGCUGACUCUGAUGCAAAGAAAGCUGAAUCAACGGUUAAAGCUUUAGAAAGUAAAUUUAAGCGUGAAAUCGACCAACUUCGAAAAAUGAACAAGCAGUUAGAUGAAGAUCUGAAGAGUCAUAGAGAACUGUCGAAAAAAACUGAAGCUGGCUUUAUGGGUGAUCUCGAAUGCAUCAGGAAAGAAUUAACACGAGCGUGCAAGAACAACCAAGAGUUAGAAGUAACGAACAGUGAACUUAAAGAGGAGGUGGAAUCUCUGGAAAAGCAGUUAGCGUUAACACAAAAAGCCCUUAACCAGUGUAAGAGGAAGUGUGACGAUAAGUUAAAAACAAUGAGUCACGAACUGUCUAUAAAGACCGAGGAAUUAGAGGAACUACGAAGUGAAACUUUGAGACAAUCUUUCCACGCAUCUCGUAUAGAUUUAAAACCGGACAGAACUGAGUAUGUCGAUGAAGGAUACUCGAUUUAUACGGCCGUACCAAAGAAGACUGAUUAUGGAAGGAUGCACCAUAGUAUGAGUUACAUAACGUCGGAAUCGCGUUGUUCAUGUCCAUCUAUGAGGAGUCAACUAGUCAGCCAACUGAUCGAGGAUUUGUUCGACCGAAUCCAUAAUACGGUCGACGAAGACCUGACGAGGCUUUGCAAAGAGAUCGCACCAGUUAAUGGCAAAGUGACCGCGGAAGCAAAAUCUAAAAUAACGAAUUACCUCUUAAUGGCUAUAUCUAAAGAGCUUAUUAGAUCAAUAGGAGACGCAGACGCAAAGACCGACAGCGAGGAGUGGCAGCGCGCCGCGUCGUCGAUGUCGUACCCGGCGCCGGGCCGGGCGGCGCGCGGCGGCAACGCGGGCGUGCUGCGCGGCGCCGCGCGCCUCGCCAGCGUGAGCUGCGCCUGCGCCGCCGCGCGCCUGUGCGCCGCCGCGCCCGCGCUCGCCGACACCGUCAACGCGUGCCAGCAGGAAGUACUGGAUCAUGGCGAUGUCAAAAUUAUGGAGGAACAGUUGGCGAAUGCGAUCGAAAGUAUUGUUAAUUGUCCAUCUUGUGCGUUGGGUACAAAUGCGAUAGUUUGGAGCACGGACGUCUAGCGCUGACUCGCGUGUGAAUUAUUUAACCUCCACCGACCUCAAUCUGGUGCCUUCAUUAGUCUAACGAGUUUUAGCGACCUGUAUAUGUAUAUACAUUGUAUUAUACUAAGCUAGGUAUAAUUACAUAAUACCUAAGUAAUUAAUAAAGUUAAGCGAACACAUAUCGAACAAAAUCGUACCUUCAUUUCGACUAAGAAUUUUCGAGAAUUAACGUUUGUAUUGAGUUUUUUUUUUAAUUUAUAAUUUCCGUGCCAAUCGUGUUUUGUAUGUAAAUAAUUUUAGCCUGCCGGGAUAUUAUUAUAUAACAAAACUUCCGACUUACAAUCGAAGCUUGUAUUUUAUUUACAUGGUUCAUGUAUUGAGAAUAAUGUUAUUAAUAUUAAAAAAUAUAAAUGUCAUUAAUGAAUUAAAUGAUUAUUUAAUUUUA